GUUUUGUACGUACGGCGGACUUUAUCAGUUGGCUGGCGACCGCCCAGAGACGCGCAUCGAAUAUUACGGCGUAUAUUUUAAAUCGGAACUGGGAAUAAACGGAGAGAUGUUACUUUUGGGACUGCUGCUGGUGGGAUUCAUGAUCCUGCUGCCGAGCAGCCUGCAGGCAGCGGACAUACCUUAUGAAACGCUAAGGGAGCAGAUCAUGGAAGCCGAGCGUCUGGCCUCGCUGGGAGGCAACAUCUGGCUGACCUCCGACGAGGCGAAGGCCAACAGCAUCCUGAUGAAUGCCAAGCGGGCAGAGAUAGCCGAGGGUCUCAAGACACCGGAGAAGUAUGCCCCGGCCAUGCACUUCUUUCAAGGCAGACAAUACGUGCGCCAGAGCGAAGUCUUCCGGCUGAUCCAGAAGAUGCCGAAGGGCGCCUUCCUGCACGGUCACAAUACUGGUAUGGUUACUUCGCGGUGGAUCAUUGGCAACCUAACGACCACCAACAACCUGUACACCUGCCGCAACGUAGACGGGCUGCUGGUGUUUACUUACGAUCAGGCUGGGUGCCACAGCGAAGUCCAGAACGUUUGCACAGAGCGUAUCAACGCCGAGGAUCGGGCCAAGUACGAGCGCCAGCUGGAGAAGCACAUUAAUAUGCUGGGUCCAAGACCAGAAGCUCUGUUGCCCAACCGGAAAAAGAUAUGGGAGCGCUUUGAGAACAUCUUCACCACCGUCGAUCGGCUCUACAAAUAUAGACCCACAUACUGCGCCUACCACAAGCGCCUGUUGGAGGAGCUGUGCGAGGAUAAUAUUAUCUAUGCGGAGAUUAGAGCCUCUCUUUCGCCGCUCUACGACGACAACAAUCGAACUCUGAGUACCCUGGAGGUGGCCAACGAGUUGGAGCGGAUUGUGGAGGAAUUCAAGGCCAAACACCAUGACUUUGUGGGUCUGAAAGUGAUAUAUGCCAAGCGAAAUCGGGCCAGCGAAGAGGAUAUGUUGAGGCGUAUAACUACAUUCAAGCAAUUGCACCACGCCAAGCCGAACUUUGUGAUAGGAUUCGAUAUGAUUGGCCAGGAGGACACGGGCGAUCCACUCAAUAAGUAUGUUAACCAGCUGUCCGAUCUUCCGAGCACGGCCAACUACUUCUUCCACGCCGGCGAGACAAAUUGGAACGGGCGAACGGACUGGAACAUGAUGGAUGCCAUCCUGCUAAACACAAAGCGCAUUGGACACGCCUUCGCCCUGCCCAAGCAUCCUCAGCUGUGGUCCACUAUCAAGAAGCGCAACAUUGCCAUCGAAGUGAAUCCCAUCUCCAAUCAGGUCCUGGGCUUCGUGUGGGAUCUGCGGAAUCAUCCGGCCAGCUUCCUGAUCGCCGAGAACUUCCCCAUUGUGAUAUCAUCCGAUGAUCCGGGCGUAUGGGGUGCCAAGGGACUUAGCUACGACUUUUACUACGCCUUCAUGGCCCUGGCUCCAGCGGAAGCGGAUCUGCGCUUCCUCAAGCAGCUGGCUUUGAACUCCAUCAAGUACGCCAUUCUCACCUCAGACGAGCGGCGGAAGAUCAACAGGGUUUUCCAGCGCAAGUGGCAGGAGUUUAUUGCAAAUAUUUUAAAUCCAAAGUUUUAAGUUAAUAAAAGGCACUCUAGGCUA